AAGAAGAAAAAAAAGAUGGGUCAUAGGGAAAUGUGAAGAACGCGUCAUGUAGUUAAAGCAAAGAACGCGGCGUAUGAUCGGAUGACCCUUCUUCAAUCUUACACUUACUUUCUUUGUCUCCCCCUCUUGUUUCUCACUUACAAUCUCACUUUCUUUCUUUUUUUUUCCUUCCUAUUUUUGGCCUUCUCUUGGCCACUGUGUCUUCUUUCAACAACAAACAACAUAUAUAACCAUAUUAUAUACAUACAUACACAAGGUCUUUCCUUCUAAGGAAGCCAUGACUGGCAAAGAAAUCCUCCACAAGAUGAAGGAGAAAGUUCAAGAAAAAGUAGGCUUAAACCCUUCUAAUAAUGCUGAAUCUGGAAAAGGGAAGAGUAAGAUGUCGAAGAAUAUAACACAUGGUUAUCAUUUAGUGAAGGGGAAAGCGAAUCAUCCAAUGGAAGACUACGUUUUCGCGGAGUUUAAGCAAGUCAAUGGCAGUGAGCUCGGUUUAUUUGCCAUAUUCGAUGGCCAUUUGAGCCAUGUUAUUCCCGAUUAUUUGAAGGCGAACUUGUUUAACAAUAUCUUGAAUGAGCCCGACUUUUGGACGGAACCAGAGAAUGCGAUUAGGAAAGCGUAUCGUUUAACGGAUACAAAUAUAUUGGAACAAGCCAUUGAUUUGGGCAAAGGGGGUUCAACGGCUGUGACAGCAAUAUUGAUCAACUGCCAGAAGCUGGUAAUAGCAAAUGUUGGCGAUUCCCGGGCUGUGAUUUCUAAGAACGGCGUGGCUAAGCAGCUUUCAGUUGAUCAUGAGCCCGCUUCUGAAAGGGAGAGCAUUGAAAAUAGAGGCGGUUUUGUUUCGAACUUUCCAGGGGAUGUCGCGCGUGUUGACGGCCAGCUUGCGGUGGCGAGAGCAUUUGGUGACAAGAGUUUAAAGAAACAUCUUACUUCGGAGCCAGAUGUGAGCAUUGAAACAAUCGAUGAUGAUACCGACCUCAUAAUAUUGGCUAGUGAUGGUUUAUGGAAGGUAAUGUCAAACCAAGAAGCUGUCGACGCUAUCAAAGGCAUUAAGGAUGCUCGAUCUGCUGCAAAGCACCUAACUGAGGAAGCUGUUAAGAGAAACAGCAAGGAUGACAUUUCCAUCAUUGUUGUAAAAUUUUAGUGAUCUGUAAGUGUGGCAACUUCACCUGUUUCCGUAUGAUAACGAACUCUUUUUUGUACCUUUCUUAUGUUGGAUAGAAUGUUAUGCAUAUUUUGUGUGGUGUCCUAAGCUUUCUAUACAUAGGCAAACUGUAAUGAAAGAAACUAAAGUUGAAUUUGUAGAAUUGGAACAUAAUAUUCUACCAAGCUUUCAAUCGCUUUAGCGGUUCAGCUGAUUGGAUACCUAAUCUGCCAUGAAAUUUCAAAUUUGUUCUUGAACAA